GUCUGCCUGCAGAGAGUCCCUCUGUCCGGCAGGUGGCAGUAGUGCUGUGUAUGUCUACAGUGGACUCGUGUGGACGGAGAAGAAGAGCAGCGAGGACCUGCUUCUGCUUGUCAGCUCUUUUGCUCGCUGAAGGAUGGAGAUGCCCGGCGUUUACACAUCGGAUGAUCUGUUUGACAGCAUUCUUCUGGCCGAUGAGAAGUUUCGAGGUGAAGGUUUCCAUGAGGGCUUUGAGAGGGGGACUCGCCGGGGUCUGCAGGACGGCCGCAGACAUGGAGCCUCCCAUGGAGCCAAGCUGUCCUCUGAGAUUUCGUUCUACCACGGGUUUGCCAUCGCAUGGAAGUGUCUCCUCCAGGAAAGCACAGACGACAAAUCCAGCAGAAAGCGCGUGAAGGCCUUGGACACUCUGCUGGGUUUGAUCCAGAACUCUAACCUGGAGGAUCCACAGUCCGUGAAACUGCAGGACGAAACAGAGAAACUUCGAGCAAAGUUCAGACAGGUCUGCUCCAUGCUGAACAUUCCCACAGACUUCAGGGACUACAUCAAGGUGACUGAGGGGACUUCAUUUUGAGUGCAGAGGCCUGGCCUAACUGUGCUUGCAUGGAAGGCUGAAGGACAGAAGAAAUCUCAUGGCCGUCAGCUCAUGGUUAGCCUGUAGCGGUUUGAACACCAUGCCAGAAGAGUUUGCCUUUACAUUUGUGCAGUGCUAACCUUAGCAGGACAUUGUUCUGCUUCUCCUGCUCAUCACAGACUGGGAAAUGUUUGUAUUCAACUGAGUGUAGUUGAUUGGAUCAGGUUGGAGGAGUUGUCAUGUGAUGCAGUGUUGACAGUCUGUAAACGGCAUGAAAAAGAUUCCAGGAUUACAAAAGAAUACUACAGGGAGAAGAACCUGCUGACUUGGAUGUACUCCUGCUGUCUGAAGAGUGAAGUCAUAGUAAAUCAACUUCGUUGUUGAAGUGUCAUUAAAUGGUAGGUUUUUGCUUUCUGUUGAAAUCAUAUUUACAUUAAGUUUACAAAUCUUAACCUUGUAGUUUGCGAUUGUUUGGGAUUAUCUGCUGCUAAUGAUUACAAACGGUAAGAACUUACUAUCUGGGAAUCACACCUUUACUGUUCAUGAUAAAUCUUUAUUGGACAUUUAUUGAAGCUCUGUAUUUGCAGCUCUCGCGUUUUCUAUAUUGUACAAAAAUAAAAGUUUGGCAUUACAAAUAUGAAUGAAUUCUGUAUUACAGAACAAA